AAGUUUGCUUGAAGAAGAAGGGGGAGGAACUGGCAGGGAGUGCUGAGCACAAAUGGGAGCAUUUCUCAAUUUCCAGCAUGCUCCAGACUCGGAGAUCCUGUACAGCAGCAGUCAGAAUUUUUCUAUCAAUUCCAGACAUUCAAGACAUCUUCCUUUUCUAUUGCCGCCUUCAGACAUAAUGCGGAACCUGUGGCUCUGCGCCCCUCCCCCCCUCUCUUGUCCACUUUCGGAUGUUCAGGAGAGGGAUCUUUCUGCAGUCAGUGAGACUGCAGAGAGAUGGGGGUUGCUAGCUGUGCGGCCUUCCUUUUUGGCAGAAGGACAGCCUGCACAGCCAAUUAGGCUGGAGUCAGGGAGGAGCUUCCUCUCUCAACUCUGGUUCCAUGGGGCCCAAACUGCGGUGCCAGCGUUUGCAUCUAACACUGGUUCAGAGUGGAGUUUGGGGAGGGAAACCGAGGGUCCCUUCUCGCCCUUAACGAGAAGGGCUAUAUUAGACAACAUGCAGCGAGUGAUUCCUGGAGUGAUACUCUUGUUGGUCAAGCUGACAGGGACAUCCUUAUUUGUUGCGUUCAUUCCCCAGAUCUUUCCCAGAGGGAAUAUCAGUUUUGUUCCUGAGAAUAUCAGUUUCGUUCCUGAGAACUAUACAGUUUCAGGUCCACAGACCACCGAAAGCAUUUCUGAAGUGACCAUUGUUUAUACCACAGAAGCCGCAACUACUACCACAGCCACAGCCCAACCUUGGAAGUGGCAAAGGUAUCGAGGGAGUUAUUACUGGUUUUCUGAAGACUUGCGAAUGUGGACCAUCGGCCGAACUGAAUGCAAGAAGCGGGGUUCAGACUUAGUGAAGAUCAAUGACAGGAAUGAACUGGAGUUCAUUCGUAAUAAAACAAAAAUGGCUUAUUAUUUCAUUGGACUAACAUACGAUGGAAAUAAAUGGCUGUGGAAUGACGACACAGAAAUCCGGAGGGACUUGUAUGUUUCAUCUUCUCCUUCAUUCUUCAUCAUCCUGAUGGGUUCAUUUCACAGAUGAAGAUAAAGACUCAUUGGCCAAGCUGACAUGAUGAGCAAGCCUGCUGAUGCCGCCAGCAUUUCUGAUGCAUUGGGACUGCUGCACUUAUAAAAGGCACCCCUGGCGGUCUUGCACAUGAGCACACUUGUACAGGUCCUUAAAGUCAGUUCUGCCACAGUUCCAUAGCAAUACUUUCAUUGGGAACAUCAUUCAAGAUGAUUUGUUAAUUUCUAUAGGCAUACAAUGUUCACUUGAAAGAUGCAGCUCAUAGCUAGAAGUACACUGUUUUCUCACUAAGCAUUACGCUGCUUUUACACUAUGCUCUUUGCACUAUGCUGGCCUAGUAAAUGUUUAAUGUAGGGAUCAGCUACUACUACUACUACUACUACAAUAAAUAUUUAUAUACCACUUUUCAACAAAAGGUCACCGUGCUCCCUCCCUCCGUGUUUUUUUUUUUAAAUUUAAAACACAUCUUUUAAAAGAGGCUUUUUAAUGUUUCAUCUGCUGCUUAUAUCUGGUAGGUUCUUUGGGUUUUUAAAAAAUAGUUCUCAGUUUUUAGCUUUUAAAAACCCAAAGAACCUACCAGAUAUAAGGAACCCCUACCUGGGUUCCUAAGUUGUUUAACUUGUUUAAUUCCAUUAGUCUCUUAUUUUACAUUGCAUCUGUUUUAUUAAUGUUGUGAACCGCCCUGAGCAAUAGUCUACUGGAGGGGCGGGGUAUAAAUAUCUUAAAACACAAACAAGCAAAAACAUAAGGCAGACAUCAGCAACAACCACUGGAAGGGAUGCAUGCGGAGGUUGAAGAGGGAAUGUUGUUCCUUCCUUGCUAAACAGAAGAGAAUCACCUCUUGAAAAAGGUGUCUCUUGCUUUGCUCACUUAGCCAAUGAAGUGGGCUGUCAGCCAGUCUGAUAAAAUAGUGUGGGCAUAGGUGAGCAACAACAGCACUUGGCAGGAGGCUAUUUUGGGUGGGUGGGUGGUCAUGGAGCUUUGUUCCAUCCAACCCUUUCUCCACUCCUUCAUUAGUGUGGCCCUCUAACAACACUGGUUGCUUAGCAAGGCCUCAGCCUGUGAACAUUUGUACUAUCCAGCCUGGUCUUCUUCACUGUUCCUGCUACUCUCUAUUUGUACAGAUUUGCUAUGAAACCAUAUGAGAACGGAAAAGACUGUGCGGCUACCAGAGCUGGAGAAGUGGUUUCAGUGUCAUGCUACCAGGAGAACCGCUGGAUCUGUGAGAAGAACGGAUAAUUCAUUGCCUGGAAAGAGUCAUACCUAAUGAGGAAGGAAACAAAACUAUGGAUAUUUAUUCUUGAGAAUUAAAGAGAUGAUACACUA